GUUACCUGCCCGUUUAGGGAUAGGUGGCCCUGACUGCACGGGACGGUAGGGGUUAACUCAGAGCCCAGGAUAGUUUUCCCUCCCCCCUGCUUUCCCGGGUUAGUAGGAGGGGAAUUAAGGCACGCCCAGGAUAUAUUUAGGUCUACCCCACCCCCUGGUUAGUCCUUUUCGUACUCACCAGCGCUCCUGAGAAGUCAGCUUUGCUCCGGAGAUGGCUGACGAGGCUGUGUGGAAUGCUAUCCGGGAGCGGGUGUUGGCUGAUCCAGGCGCCCUAUCUCAGCUACUAGCUGGGCUAGGCCUUCCUGCUGCUGCGGUUAGUAGUAUAUCUCGGCCGGCAGGUCCUGCUGUACGGGGGCGACGAACCGCCCGUGCAUCGCGCCCUCCGGCGCGUCUGAGCCCCAGUCCCCCUAGGUCGUCUGCUAGUAGGAGGGGGCGCUUUGCUGCCCGCAUUGCCUCCUCAGCUGUAGUUUCGGCCCCUGGUGCGGCUGUGGCCGCAGCUCGGGCUGUAGCUCCGCCCCUUCCGGGUCAAGUGUCACAGGAAGCUGUGGGGAAUUCUUCAGCUGCUUCGCGCGCUUCCCUGCAGGUCCCGGCAGUCUCAGGUAUUUCAGGGCAGCCUGCUUUAGUUUCCCGGCCGGUGUUAACCCCUGCAUUGCCAGCCGUUAUGGGUGCUGGUGCCCCUGCUCCCUCUCAUGCCUCCUCCUCUGCGGAGGAAAUACCCGAUACCCCUAUUGCCACGGCCCGGGUUCCCAUUAGACCCCAGGGUGCUCCGGUACUGCCUGGGGAUACUCAGCAGCCACCUGUCCUGGGGGGUAGUGGCGUUGAUCCUCCUUAUGAGGAUGCUUGUGAUAGUUUGGGGCCCCAUCCUGUUGAUCUGCCACCUUUAGAUGCCUCAGCUAGUUCCCCCUUACUUUUUACUGAUAAUAUGCGGCAAGUCAGUCAGCCACCGCGUGACCGAGUAUUUAGUAGGUCAGAGGGCCGUUCCCGUCCAAGACGGUCGCGGUCGUCCUCACGGGGAUCUGGCCGCUCCGGUUGGAGCAGAUCUGUUGGGUCCUGUAGACAUCACCGCAGGUGUUCACGCCGGGAGUCUAGGAGUAGUGUGCGCUCCCGUAGGUCCCGCUCGUCUCGGUGGCGGUCUCCUUCAUCAUCUGGUCGCAGCUCGUAUCGCUCAGGGAGUCGGGAGCGUCGCUCUCGCAGGCGCGAGGGGCGGAGACAUCAUUCAAGGUCCCCGAGGCGGGCUUCCCGCGGUGGCAGUCGGCCCCGUGCGGUGUCUGAUCCGGCUACUGUGCCGGUUGCUGAUCCAGCUCCUGUUCCUGCUACGGAUCCGGUCCCACCUCCUGUUGUUCCUGCGCCGACCGUUUCAGGAUUUUCGGAGGAUGUGUCCGGAUGCUGCAUUGGAAGGGCUCCCUUGCCCCCCAUUGGUCUGGGCCCUGCCGAGCAACGUCUGAUCCCACUGGUGGAAUCGUCGAUGGCGGCAUCUACAUGGGCGGGACAUGAUGUGCAAAGGACGAUGGUUUAUUUCCUGGGCCACUCUUAUUUCCACCGGGCCGCGCAGAGAGCUGAUUGCCGGCCGGGUGGGAGAUCGUUGGGAUGCGGCAAUGUUGAGCCUCACUGGAGGGGGAUCCCAGGUAUGCGGUGGACACGGGUCCUUACUGAAGUGGUGGACAUUGCUAGAACCGUCCGUUCUGGUGUAAUUUUGGUGGUACACGCGGGUGGGAAUGAUCUCUGUUAUUCCCGGGUUCCCGAUUUGAUUACUUUAAUGAAAGCCGAUGUUGAACGGUUUUCUGGUUUUUUCCCUGAUUUAGUUUUAGUAUGGUCCGAGAUAGUGCCUAGAGUAUCCUGGCAGGGUGCUCGCAAUGCUGAGGCCAUCGAGCGUUCACGGCGUUUGGUGAAUUCUCGUAUGGCCCGGUUUGUGCGACAGAAGGGUGGAGUGGUGGUCCGUCAUCGUGAGCUUGAAGGUGAUAACAGACGGUUUAUGAUCUCUGAUGGGGUUCACUUGAAUGAUAUAGGUUUGGACAUCUUUUUGUCGGGCUUACAAGAUGGUUUGGAGCAGGCCUUGUUUUUGCUUGGUGGGGGUCGGAGCACCGUGUAGGAGUACACGGGCUCCUCGGUGGCCUGAGGAGAGGAGAAUUGAGAAGUGAUGGCCCUAGGCACUUUUGCCCGCCGGGAGUCCGGCGGCUGGCAAUACCGCUUCGGCUGAAGUAGGUAGGUUGCUGCAGUGCAGCAGUUAUAGAGUUAAUAUUCUGUUAUUUAAUAAAUUGAGCUGUGACCACCACCCAGCCCAGUAAAAAAGAAUAAUGUUGUCUGUCAUUAUUGGGAGAGGUGGGGGGAGGGCAUAUGAUGUGGUAGGCGUAAGUGUGCCGGGCAGUCUGUAGGUUACCUGCCCGUUUAGGGAUAGGUGGCCCUGACUGCACGGGACGGUAGGGGUUAACUCAGAGCCCAGGAUAGUUUUCCCUCCCCCCUGCUUUCCCGGGUUAGUAGGAGGGGAAUUAAGGCACGCCCAGGAUAUAUUUAGGUCUACCCCACCCCCUGGUUAGUCCUUUUCGUACUCACCAGCGCUCCUGAGAAGUCAGCUUCCCUCCCUCCCUCCCUGUUUUACGUUUGUUGUUGUCAUUUUGUAUUCUUCUUGGCUGUGCAUUUUGUUGUGAAAUGCAUGGUCUUUGUUACCCCUUUUAAAAAAAAAAAAAAAAAAAAAAAAAAAAAGAAAAAAAAAAAAAAAAAAAAAAAAAAAAAAAAAUUUUUUACAAAGAA